CUCAUCAUUUUCUGUCCUCACACUUUCCAGAUCUACCACUCAAUUUCCCGUUCCCGUUUCAAAACAGUUCCUACUUCUCUCACACCCUUUCACACUUUCAAUAUCAGAUCCAACAUUCUUCAAUACAUACUCAAUCCCUUCAAUGGCGAAUCCUACACCCGCAGCAUUCUCCGCUCUUCUUCUCCUUCUUUCUUUCUUAGUCAACAUCGCUUCCGCCGCCGAAUCACCGGCGCCGGCUCCGCCUCCGGAUAUUUCUCCCUCUUCUCCUCCACAUUCUCAUUCUCCUCAUAUUGCUCCUUCUUCCCACAAUUCCCCUUCCGGCUCGCCUCAAUCUCCGUCUCCCGCGCCUUCUCAUCGCGAUUCGCCGCCCGCUCCUCCGCCUCAGAACAAUCAAUCUCCUUCGCCGGCUUCAUCUCCGUCUCCGAAUGGUGCAGAUGACGGCGGAGUCAACCACGCCGAUGUGGCUGGUGACAGAGGUAAAUCGUCCUCAGAAGGAAUGAGUUCCGGGAAGAAAGCGGGAAUAGCGGUGGGAGUGAUUGUCGCUGCCGGCGUGGUUGUGUUGGGAGCGUUAGUGUACAAGAAGCGCCGCCAGAACAUGCAACGGUCGCAGUAUGGAUAUGCUGCGAGGAGAGAACUUCUUUAGGUUGGCCUUGCAGUAAUAUUCGCCAUACUGUUCUAGGUUUUUUUACGAUUCCAAUUCUAUUACAGAGUAUUCAUAACGUCUUAAUGAUUUGAAUUUAAAUUUCAUUUACAAAUCACAAAUUUGUUUUUGUUCCUUGCAAGUAGCCAAAUGUAGAUCCGUGUAUUGAAUUUUUAGGACUCUUUAUCAGUCAAUUCCACAGAAAUCCCUACCAUUGUUUAUUUUUCCGUGUGUCUUUUUGAUUUCAAUGACAUGAUUAUUUGAUAA